CUUAUCUUGUGCCUGAACUAAAAGUUAUGUCAUGUACGAUACUAUGACUUUUGCAUAGCUUCAUAUCUAUCUAUAUAUAGCACUUUUAAUACAUUAUUUACGCUCAAUUUUAAUAGACGGCAACAGACAGAAUAAAAGCCAACAUCUGGUUGCAGGAUUGAUAUGUGUGCUCCGUAAAUGAAAGUUCAAUGAGCUACAAAGGGAGCUGUGUUCUACAAAGGAGAAAUGGCACUUGCUUCUACCUUCUCCAAAUCUCUGGUAGAAUCCAGUGCAAUGCGUUCUCCAUCAACAGAACCUUCUGUUCUCAGAAAAGUCCACCAGAUAAACCCGUGGUCACUCAGGAGCAGACAUCGGCUGCCUUGAAGAACAUGGCCAAGCUUGGGAAACAGUGGGGACAGAAUACUGUGAAAACUGCGACAGCUACUGUCAAUCACUGGUGGGAAAAGUAUGAAGAGUUUGUUGGCCUUAAUGAGGUUAAAGAUGCUCAGUCCAAGGUUACAGAGGCUGAGAAAGCUUUCAUGGUUGCUAGGGGAAUGGUUCACGAGGCUCAUGUCAGUUUGGAGGCUCUUCAGUUGAGGCUUAAGGAGGUUAGAGAUCGUCUGGAUCGAGUUUCGAGAGAGGAGGCACAUUAUCUUGAAUUAGCAACACUGGAACACAAGUUACUUCAGGAAGAACGGCGCCUCAAAACAGCUUACGAAAACGCAGAGGAAGGCGAGCGGGAAAAGUUUGCCCUUUUCUCUGCUGGCGUGCGCGAGAGUCACGAGAAGGAGCGGGCUCGGGCAGAACGCACCAAGAACUGGUCCAUCAUCGGUUCAGUACUGGGUGCCUUUAUUGGUGUCAUGGGGUCCACUUACAUCAACAGGGUGCGCCUUCAGGAGCUGAAAAGCUUGCUCCUGGAGGCUCAGAAGGGACCAGCGAGCCUACAGGAAGCUAUUAAAAUCCAAGCCAGUUCUCACAAGAGCCAGCAAGAGGAACUCCGAGGCAUCAUAGACACGUUUAAUUUAGCCAUUACUAAUAGAGCAGAUGAAAAACCUAUAUCUGUUCCCAAUCUAGCAGCCCAAUCUGUAAUACCACCAUCAAAACCCAGCAUGUCAGAAGAGGCUGUUAAAGAGAUGCUUCUGCACAGCAAGAAAGCUCAGUCACUUGUGGAAGAUCUCAAGCCACAGAUGGAGCACAUCAGGCAGAAUUUAGGGAAGAUGGCGACUGAGCUUCAGGCCGUGAAGAAAUCCGUCUCAGCUCAUCCUGUGGAAAAACCAGUCAUUCAGAUAAAAGAUACACCGCUUUUAGUGUGUGAAACAGAGAGCAUCAUCCAAGGCCUGGACCAGACUGAGAAAAGACUGGAGGCUCAGAUUAACAGGUCUACUCUGUACAACACUAUUCUGACUUACACAGCAUUUGCUUUAUCCAUGCCAGUGCUCUAUAUUAUCUUCAAAGGUACAUGAUGAAAUUGUCUAGACUGUAGCGUACACUUAAGGGGCCAUCGUUUGUAACAGAAGUAACCUCAGCUUUUACAGAGUACUGUAGGACCUGUAUGAUGAAAUAAUGCACUGAUGAGUAAAGAAUUAAAAACUUUAACAU